CGAGAGGACCUCUUCGCUGACAAUGAGCCCAGUUCGGGUAUGUGCAAGGCCGGUUUCGCCGGUGACGAUGCUCCCCGAGCUGUAUUCCCGUCCAUCGUUGGUCGGCCCCGUCAUCACGGGUAAGUAACCACUCGGACCUCCAGCAACAUGCCUGGAUAUCCACGCGGUUGGCGGUACCUGACCGUGACGUUAGUAUCAUGAUCGGUAUGGGUCAGAAGGACUCGUAUGUCGGUGACGAAGCACAGUCGAAGCGUGGUAUCCUGACUUUGCGGUACCCCAUCGAGCAUGGUGUCGUCACCAACUGGGAUGAUAUGGAGAAGAUCUGGCAUCACACCUUCUACAACGAGCUGCGCGUGGCCCCCGAGGAGCACCCCGUCCUGCUUACGGAGGCUCCCAUCAACCCCAAGUCCAACCGUGAGAAGAUGACCCAAAUCGUCUUCGAGACGUUCAACGCCCCCGCCUUCUACGUCUCUAUUCAGGCCGUCCUGUCCCUGUAUGCCUCUGGUCGCACCACCGGUAUCGUGCUCGACUCCGGCGACGGUGUCACCCACGUCGUCCCCAUCUACGAAGGUUUCGCUCUCCCCCACGCCAUUGCCCGUGUCGACAUGGCCGGUCGUGACUUGACCGACUAUCUCAUGAAGAUCUUGGCCGAGCGCGGUUAUACCUUCUCUACCACCGCCGAGCGAGAAAUCGUGCGAGACAUUAAGGAGAAGCUGUGUUACGUCGCUCUUGACUUCGAACAGGAGAUCCAGACUGCUGCCCAGAGCUCCACCCUGGAGAAGUCGUAUGAGCUUCCCGACGGCCAGGUCAUCACUAUUGGUAAUGAGCGGUUCCGUGCGCCCGAAGCUCUCUUCCAGCCUUCUGUCCUAGGUCUCGAGAGCGGCGGGAUCCACGUUACCACCUUCAACUCCAUCAUGAAGUGCGAUGUCGACGUCCGAAAGGAUCUCUACGGAAACAUUGUCAUGUCUGGUGGUACUACUAUGUAUCCUGGCCUCUCCGACCGCAUGCAGAAGGAAAUCACUUCCCUAGCCCCGUCAUCGAUGAAGGUCAAGAUCAUCGCGCCCCCCGAGCGGAAGUACUCCGUCUGGAUUGGUGGUUCCAUUUUGGCCUCUCUGUCUACCUUCCAGCAAAUGUGGAUCUCUAAGCAGGAGUACGACGAGAGCGGCCCCUCGAUCGUCCACCGCAAGUGCUUCUAAGGUAUGCCUGAUAGCGUGAUCCUCCGUCUUGUCUUGGAGAUGAAGCGACUUUCCCGCCCUCUAACCAGAAAUCAGGAACCCAAACCCCCGAGUGUUCGAUAACUUGCUACGAGCUUACGAUAGUCCCGAGUGGAGUGCGCAUGUAUCCUAGUCGAGACUCGUAUCUACUAAAGGUUCUGAUAAUGGUCGAAAGAUUGGGGCUGUAUUACUCCGAGAGAAGAGAAUAUGAAGUGCUUUACCUUUAGGAGGCUAUUCAUGCA